AUGUGGCAAGCUCCCUGCUUGCCGUACACGUGGCAAGCUAUCUGUGUCUCGUACACGCGAAGAGGUCUUCCUCCCACUGUCUCCACAAGCUUUCAGCUCUGUCCGCUUUCCGCUCCUUACGUCUCCAUCUGUUUCCUUCCACUCCCCGUUCCUUUUCCCCCCUUUACCCCGCCUUCCCCCGUUCCCGCCUUCCCCCGUUCCCGCCCUCCCCCUUCCCCGCCAUCCCCCUUUCCCCCGUUCUCUCGCUUCCCCCCGUUCUCCCCCUUUCUCCCCGUUCUCCCCUCAACGCCCUCCGCCUUCCGCGGCCUCCCCUUUCCCUACACCCAGGUAUGCAAGCGCGCGUUCAUCUUCUCCCCCAUCUACGCGCCCAACGCGCCGUCCCGCCUCCCCCCCAACGAAUUCCUCGCGGGCGCGGCGCUGAUGGCGGGGCGCGCCGUCUCGUUCGUCCUGCGCGCCGCGCUCAUCGCGUUCGUGUGGCUGCUCCUCGUGCCGUUCCUCACGAGCUCCAUCUGGCACCUCUGCUUCCUCCGCGACUGGACGCGCAUCGUCGCGCUGUUCCGCGAGAGGCUCACGGGCGGCGCGAUUUUCCAGGACUGCGUGCUGGGGAGCGUGCUGUCCGCGGCGGUGAUUUUGUUUUUUCUGAGCUUGUCGUCUCUGAGGGAGUAUCUAGCGCAGCUGCUAGAGCAGCAGAUGGAAGGGGAGGAGGGGUUUGAGGUGGGGUUGGGGGGCGCGGGGGAUGGGGAGGGAGCGGAGGCGGAAGCGGAGGGGGACGCUGCUCGAAUAAGACAAAACGGGGAGGAGGAAAGGGGGGGCAUAGCCCCGCCACCUCCCCCCCCUCCGCGAGCAAUUCCCCCUCCGCCUCCCCGUGUUGUUCCCCCCUUGGAAACUCCUCUCCCCCCGGGCUCUUCUGGCCGACCUUUUUCGUUCAGCGACCGUGCAGGAGGCUCUGCGACAGGUCCUGCGACUGGCCCUGCGACGGACGGCCAGCCGUUUGUGUUUGGUGCGAAUCCUUCCGCCCAGGAGACGCGUCGCCCGGCAAGAUUUUUCUUCCGCCCGGCUGGAGAGGCGGGGCAAAUGGGAACCGGACAGGUGGACGCGCGGGGCAGGAAUAGCGGGAGGGACGAGCGGGGGGAGGAGCCGGAAAGAGAAGAGUUAGGGGGGGAAGGCGCGGAGGGGCAAGGAGCAGUGAUAGCGGCAGGAGUAGGAGCAGAGGAAGGAGAGGCGGGAGGAGCGGAGGGAGGAGGGAUAGGGAGGGAAGGGGAAGAGAGGGAAGGAGCAGCGGAAGGUGGCUUUGCUGCAGCAGCAGGUUCCGCUGCUACUGUGGCUGGCGCUGGGGGAAAGAGUGCGGGGAAUGAAGGCGGUACGGAGGGCGGAGGCCGCGGGGAAGAGGGAGAUGGUGGGGGAGGUGGUGAGAUCGGGGGAGAAGUGGGGGGAAGUGACGGGGAAGUGGGUGGGGGAGAGGGGAGGGGAGAGGGGAGGGGAGAGAGGGGGGGAGUAGUUCGAAGAGAGGGUGGACAGAUGGGGAGAUUGAGACUUGGAGCGGGGACGGAAGGAAUAGGAAGAAGAGAGGAAAGAGUAUGUACAGAGGAAGCAGAGGGGAGAGGCUGUGACGGCCGUGGGAAAGGGAAAGGGGUGGAGAGUGAAGAGGAUACAGCAGCAGGUGGGUUGGGGGAGGGAGGGGAGCAUGGGGAGGGGAGGAAGGGGCAAGAGAGGUUGUGGGGGGAUGAGAUGGGCGGAGAUGGCGCGAAUUCAUCCGCCCAGGCGUGGGGGAAUGGGGGGAGCGGAGAUUCUGCGGGGAUAUCCGCGCAAAGGGGGAGUGCGUGGGGGAAUGAGAUACGCGGAAAUGAGGAGUUAAGAGAAGAGAGCAGUGAAGCGAAUGAGGAGGAGGAGGGUAGUGGCAAGGAGGGGAGUGCGGGAGAGGAGGAGAGUGGGAGCUUUCAGGAUGAUGAUGAUGAUUACGAGUAUGAGGAAGAGGAGGAAGAAGAGGAGGAAGAGGAGGAGGAAGAAGAGGAGGAAGAGGAGGAGGAUUUUGAGGAGGCGGAGGCGGGCAUGGGGGAGGGGGAGGUGGACGAGGACGGAGAGCCAAUGGACGAUCUAGGGUUUGAGGAGCUCAUCGGCCUGCAGGGGCCGCUCUGGCGCCUCUUUGAAAAUGCCACUACGACCGAUCAACCACCACCCUCCACCCCUGUUCCCCCCCUCUCCUCCCUCUCAGUCCGUCCUGAAGCUGCAUGGGAGGAGGGGGAAGAGGAGAGGGGAGAGGAAGGGAAAGAGGUUAGGAGAGGGGCAGUGGAACCAGAGUGGGCUGACAGCAGAGCCCAUCUAUCCUCCCUCUCCCACCAGCUCGUGCUGGCAGCUGCGCUCUACUCCCAGUGGUGCUGCACGCUCUUGGGCCUCCGCUGGGCGGAAGCGGGCCACGGGCUGGCAGCAGGGAACCUAGUGUCGCUGCUGGUGGGGUACGAGGUCGUGGCGUUCUGCUGUGCCGUGCACGUGUUGGUUGCCAUUCAGUUGAGGAGAGCCCGAGGGCUGCCGCUGGUGGGGGCGUUACCUGCUACUCUGCUCGCGCUGCUGCAGGUGGCGCCGGCGAUUCAGGAGCAUCUGGUGGCGGCUGUCAGGUGGGUACUGUGUGGGUGGGUGGUGGGUGGAACAGCUGCUGGUGGGGUACGAGGUCGUGGCGUUCUGCUGUGCCGUUCAUGUGCUGGUUGCCAUUCAGCUCAGGCGGGCGAGAGGGCUGCCGCUGGUGGGGGCGCGGCCACACUGCUGGCUGCAGGUGGCGCUGGCCAUCCAGGAGCAUCUGGUGGCGGCUGUCAGGUGAGAGAGUCUAAAGGAGCAUCUGCUGGCUGCAGGUGGCGCCUGGUGCUAUAG